CCACUUUUCUCAAUAUGAUUAUACCUAGAGGCUACAUUCGGACGUUUAUCUCAUGGCUGAGGCUCAUCAUCAGGACCAUCGCAUUUCGGUCAUACACAAGUAUCCUCUCUGUCCUCCGGCGGGUGUUUCGACACUGUCAAUCCAUCAUUGACGGAAAAGAGAGAAUCUUUCGAGAACCAGGUCUGGCGUGGAGUUCUCAACCGGCCGCCGUCAAUCAAGAGAAAUCUACCUCUGUAACGCUCGCAGUACCAUUGUUUGAACUCUCACCUCGGCAAAGCGACGGGCGGAAUGGCGUGGCUUCUAAUAUCCAGUCUCCUGUGGAUUCUUGUGCGCCAUGGAUAAUUUCUAUGCCCGAGACCUCCACCACCACGAGUAUCGCUAUGCUCUCGCAUCCCGUGGCGCCAGUACAAUCUUUUGAUAAUAUCGCUUUAAUUCCCGCGAUACCUGGACAAAUCAAACGAUACGAUAGGAUUGAAUUUCAAGGUGAUUAUGCAUUGUAUGAAGUUCCGAAAGGUCCUUUAGACUGUUCAGAGGAGCUCGCCCUGGUGUCUGGAUGGGAACCCCUUACACACCCAGAAGGUGCUUUGUUUUUCUAUCAUUCGUAUAAAAGAGUCUUUACUGAUGCUGAUAUUCGAGCCCCUGGAAUGGUGGACAAUAUAGGUAAGGCUGUUGACAAGGCGUACAAAGAAGUGGAAAAUGCAGGCAUCGACCUCGAUCCAUCCGUCGAGUUGGUAUUGGAGUUCAUGAAGGGGGAUCAUGAAGAAUGGGGCUAUUACUUUGCCGAUCACGACAGACACAUUAUUUUCUGGUUCGAGGCCCACAAAUCCAGUGAUCUCAUUGGUAACGUCCGAGGCGUAAAGUGCACUGAUCAUAUCAGAUAUGCACUAGAAUCACAGUACUGGCUACACGUCGAACUAUAUCCAAACAAACGCUUCCUUCCAAAAGAUGUUGUUGUGAAACUCAGAGAAAUUGUUAUGUAUACCCAGGCAGACAACAUCACUUCUGACACAUCCUUAGCGCCUUUUUCUUCGGAAGAGGUUGCAAGUAUGCUUAGCCUCAUGGAUCCUCUCAUGAACAGUGCUGGCAUCGAACAUGAGUAUCCACAUGAGCAUUCUGUGUGGAUUGUCGCUCGAUUUAUGGAAGAAUUUUGCAACGUCAAAUUUGUGAAUUUCUGUGGACAACCGGGCGCCCGGCUUAACGCAGACCAGUCUCUGUACGGAGAUACCAACACCCGCUCGAACAAUAUCCUUCUUCGGGUCAUGAAUUUCAUACUGUUUGGAUCCCCUAAUGCUUAUAACAAGGUCCUUAAAAAGAUAUGGGUCGAUUCUACCAUCGUUCAACCGCGGUGGAAGAAUUUUAUCAACAGACUCAACAAUGAAUGGAAUGGAUACACAAUAUUCUCUACUGUGAUGCUUGCUGUGGAUAUCAGCUUUCUCGCGGUACCAUCUGUCGGGACUCAAAAGGCUGCGAUUCUUGUCUCCUAUAUGUCUACCCUCUGUGCUAUGGGGUCGUUAGUGGUUUCUCUAGUCUUAGCUGGACAAGUCAACGACAGUCGGCGGGACUCCGCUAAAAGCGUGGCCUCGUUUAUGGAAGGGAUAUCGGUUUCUGUGCUCGGCCUCGAAGGCCUUGCCCUCAUGCUAUGUCUGCCAUUUGCUCUUCUGAUUUGGGGAAUGGUAUUCUUUGCUACAGCAUUGUCCAUCGUGAUUUUCACUUCUAGCGUCGUCACCAUCUCGAUCGUAUCUCCCAUUUGGGUCGCUAUUUUAGUUCUGGCGACAUGGCCGGUACUGGCUUCCAACGAUGUGCACAUUUCUUCCCUGCUCUCUUGGAUCACAAAACAGAUCAAGUCGCAUCGCAUACCAUCGUGGAGCGCCAUCAGGGCUCGCGUUGAAUCUGACGUAUAGUUUGUUGUGAUUUCGAGACUUUGCGUAGCAUGUACAGUUGUAUCUGGUGUUUUGAGUUGUUUUAUGUAAUACCUGACUUGUCGAUGUUACUCACAUAUCGUUGUAUAGCCCUUCUCGAGCGCCUUAACUAGCAAACCUCGAAGGCAUCGAAGCGGUUAA